AUGAAGGAGAAGGUGUUCUUGGGUCAAAACCUGAUAUGGGUGUUGAUGUUACUUUUGGGGCAGCUACAUGGAUACAAAAUCUGUAUUGAAAAAGAAAGGAAAGCUUUGUUGGAGCUCAAGAAUUACAUGGUCUCAAGGAGUUUCGACCAAGACCAAGUUCUCCCUACUUGGACUAAUGACACAAAGAGCAAUUGUUGCCAAUGGAAAGGCGUUGAGUGCAAGAGCACAAGUGGACGUGUGACCGGUAUUGCCUUUGGUAGACUCUAUUCCGGAGAGAGUUCUCUCCUAAAUCUUUCUUUGCUGCAUCCCUUUGAAGAGGUUCGAAGUCUUAACAUGUCCGGGCAAAAAUACGUCAACCUAUUUAAUGGCUUCUUUGAUGAUGUUGAAGGUUAUAAAAGCUUAAGUAGAUUAAAGAAUCUGGAGAUUCUGGAUCUCUCUUCAAACGAAUUCAACAAUAGCAUAUUUCCCUUUCUUAAUGCUGCCACAUCACUUACAACUCUGUCUCUUCGGGGUAACCACAUGGAUGGUCCAUUUCAAGCUAAAGAACUAAAAGACUUGACAAACUUGGAACUAUUGGAUCUGAGUAGAAACACCUUCAACGGCACCGUACAUGAGUUUACUCACCUGAAAAAGUUGAAAGCUCUGGAUCUAAGUUACAAUGAGUUUUCUGGCUCAAUGCAAUUGCAAGAACUAAAGAAUUGGACUAACUUGGAAGUCUUGGGUCUUGGUUGGAAUAGGUUAAGCGGACCUAUAGAAGUAGUUUGUGAAAUGAAGAAUCUGCAGGAGCUUGACCUCAGUGGAAAUCAAUUUGUAGGUCAACUUCCUCUUUGUUUAGGUAGCUUGAAGAAGCUACAGAUAACAACUUCACAAGCUUAUUCUCUCUCAGUCCACUCACCAACCUCACAAAGCUCAAGCCUGGAGAAAAUCCCAUCCUUUCUCAUGUACCAGAAGAGCUUGCGUCUAGUUGAUCUAUCAAGCAACAUAUUAUCCGGACACAUUCCUACGUGGCUGUUGGCGAAUAAUACAGAACUCGAAGUCUUACAGUUGCAGAAUAAUUCAUUCACUAUAUUCAAGAUGCCUACAAUAGUGCACAAUUUGCGGGUCUUGGAUUUUUCAUCAAAUGACAUUGGUGGGGUGUUCCUUGACAAUAUUGGCCACACGCUUCCGAAUCUGGUACAUAUGAAUGGCUCCAAUAAUGAGUUACACGGGACUUUUCCAUCGUCAAUGGGUGAGAUGAAGAAUAUUUAUUUCUUGGACCUGUCUUAUAACAACUUCUCAGGGAUGCUUCCUAGAAGCUUUUUCAGAGGUUGUUUUUCACUAAACAUAUUGAAGCUCUCUCGAAACAAAUUUAGCGGCGAUUUUCUUCCAAAGGGAACAAACUUCCCUGCACUCAACGUGUUGAGAGUGGAUGAUAACUUAUUUACAGGGGAGAUCGGAGUUGGUUUGCUUAGCUCCAACAAUACAUUGUCAAUUCUUGACAUGUCCAACAAUUUUCUCACAGGUGCUGUUCCGGGUUGGAUAUCUGAGUUAUACGCUUUGGAGUUCUUAUUGAUUUCAAACAAUUUCUUGCAAGGUCUAAUACCACCUUCUUUGUUGGCCAUGCCUUAUCUCUCGUUUCUUGACCUCUCUGGAAACCUAUUUUCUGGAGCCUUGCCAUCACAUGUUAAUAAUGCUAUGGCCAAGAAAAUAUUGUUUCUUCACAACAACAAUUUCACAGGGCUGAUUCCGAACACAUUGUUGGAACAUGUGCAGAUACUUGAUAUCCGGAACAAUGAACUCUAUGGAGGUAUCCCUCAAUUUGUCCACGCAGAGGACAUAAAUAUUCUUCUUCUGAGGGGGAAUAAUUUGACAGGAUCUAUUCCAAGGCAACUAUGUGAGUUGAGAAACAUCAGACUCUUAGAUCUUUCGGAUAACAAGCUCAAUGGCUCCAUUCCUUCUUGCCUCCAUAAUUUAACAUUUGGUAUGGCCGGGGGAGAGGAAAAGAUAGGUAACUACAUUGCUAUAGCUUCCCCUCCAGAGAAUCUUCAUUUGCAGUUUUAUAAAUUCACAUUUGUGGUAGAGGAGCUCUUGGUAGAUUACUUUACCUAUCAAGAAAUUGAAAUCAAGUUCACAACGAAGAAAAGGUAUGAUUCUUAUACUGGAGGAUCUGACUUCAGCAGUGGAAUACUUGAUUAUAUGUAUGGCAUGGAUCUCUCAAACAAUGCUUUAAGCAGUGUUAUACCAGCAGAGCUUGGAGAACUCUUUAAACUACGAGCUUUAAAUCUAUCUCACAAUUUACUGUCGAGUUCUAUACCAUCCAGCUUCUCCAAUCUGAAGGAUAUUGAGAGCCUUGAUCUUUCUUACAACAUGUUACAUGGAAGCAUUCCUCACCAGCUAACCAGCCUUACUUCUCUUGUUGUGUUUGACGUAUCUCACAACAAUUUAUCUGGAAUCAUUUCCCAAGGAAUGCAGUUUAACACCUUCAACGAGAGAAACUACUUAGGCAAUCCUCUUCUUUGUGGACCACCGACAGAUAGAAGUUGUGAGGCUAAUGGAGGAGAAGAAGAUGGUGAAGAAGAAGAAGCUAUUGACAUGAUGGCCUUCUAUUUUAGUACUACUUCAGUUUACGUGACUGUGUUGUUAGGCAUUCUUGUACUUAUGUGGUUUGAUUGUCCAUGGCGACGAGCAUGGCUCCGCAUGGUCGAUGCUUUCAUCGCUUCGGCGAGAAGUAUGUUGCCUUAA